ACCGCAAAGAUGGGGCUGGGCCAGAUCGGAGCUGGAAGCUUCAUCUGGGUCUCCCACGUGGGUGCAGGGGCCCAAGCGCUUGAGCCAUCUUCCACGGCUUUCCCAGGUGCAUUUGUAGGGAGCUGGAUUGGAAGUGGAGUGGCCAGGGCUGGAAACAGGUGCCCAUAUGGGAUGCCAGUGUCGAAGGCAGUGGCCUUACCUGCUAUGCCACGGCGCUGGCCCCUGCUGUUGCUUUUUAGUCAAAGCAAUGACCUGGUGUUGUCAUGUGGCAUGGCAAUUAAGUGCCAGCCCCAGGGUCAGACUGUUAAUCUGACCCUGGGGUCAGACUGUUAAUCCCAGCUCCGCCAGUGGGGCAGCCUGGGUGUUUCUGGCUUUCCCAGGGCCUCUGUGAACUGGGGUUGGGUCGGUCCCAGCUAUUGUGAGCCCUGCACAGGAGCCCUCAGCCAGGGGCCUGCUUCUUGCUGAACACGGUCUCUGCUUUCUGAGCAUCUGCACAUUGCCAAGUGUCAAGCCCCAAAUGGAGUCGCUCGUGCCAAGCCUUAGCAAAACAAAAAUAGAAUCCAGGGGUUAUGAAGUAGGGGGGCCUCAGAGACCCCAGAGACGCUGCUAGGACCACAGCCUGGUGCCCAGGUCUUUUUCUGGUGAGUUCACACAGAAAAGCCCCAGCCGGGCCGUGCGCCCAGCUGACGCCACCCUGGCUAUGGAUCGUUGUCACCCAAGAUGAUUGCUUCAAAGUAACUUCUUAUUUUGGCUUUGUUUUAUUUCUUGAAAUGACUGAUUUUUGCGGUGCGCAUGCCCAGGGUUUGCAGUGGCCCGCGCGAGCCCGUGCAAUGCUUCUCCGGAAUGAAUCCAGCAACCCUGGGAGACUCUGUCUCUGUUGGCCACUUAGGUUGAGCACCUGUGCCCUUUUCGGGACUGCUUGAAGCAACAGGGGCAUGGGCCCUGUUCUCGCUGAGCGGCAGGUGGCUGGGGUGUGGCCCCUCAGCAGGACACCCAGGCCUCAGUAUGUGCCAACAAAGGAUCAUCCCACCGCUGGGCUCUCCACCCCUCUCCCCUGCCCCGGGCCCUUCACCUGGACCGUCACUAUGUAAAUGUCUGUGCAAAUGCCCUGGUGUCCAGCUGCCUGGUCUCCAGCGAGGCAGAGUCCCCUCCUGAGACGGCCACUGGCCAGCCAUGGGGCCCCAGGCCAGGAGAGCCUGCUCCCUCUUCCUCCUGCUGCAGGUCCUGGCUGAGCGGGCUGAGAACUCGGACUUCUACCUGGGCGGGGACUACCUCCUGGGUGGCCUUUUUACACUUCAUGCCAACGUGAAGACCGCUGGCCAAAACCAACUGCACGUGCCCAAGUGCGAGGAGUAUGAGACGAAAGUGCUGGGCUACAACCUCAUGCAAGCCAUGCGCUUUGCUGUGGAGGAGAUCAACAACCAGAGCAACCUGCUGCCGGGCGUGCAGCUGGGCUACGAGAUGGUGGACGUCUGCUACAUCUCCAACAACGUGCAGCCCGUGCUCUACUUCCUGGCGCGAGAGGACUACUUCCUGCCCAUCCUGGAUGACUACAGCUCCUAUGUACCCCGCGUGAUAGCCGUCAUUGGUCCUGACAACUCCGAGUCCACCAUAAACGUGGCCAACUUCCUCUCUCUACUUCUUAUCCCCCAGAUCACCUACAGCGCCAUCAGCGACCAGCUGCGUAACAAGGAGCGCUUCCCGGCCAUGCUGCGCACCGUGCCCAGCGCCAGCCACCACGUGGAGGCCAUGGUGCAGCUCAUGCUGCACUUCCGCUGGAACUGGAUCAUCGUGCUCGUCAGCAACGACGACUACGGCCGCGACAACAGCCAGGUGCUCAGCAACCGCCUGGCCCACAGCGACAUCUGCAUCGCCUUCCAGGAGGUGCUGCCCACGCCGGAGCCCAGCCAGCCCCCGACCCCGGUGGAGCGCGAGCGCCUGGCCAGCAUCCUGCACAAGCUGCGGCAGAGCACGGCGCACGUGGUGGUCAUCUUCUCGCCCGAGCUGUCCCUGCACAACUUCUUCCGCGAGGUGCUGCUCUGGAAAUUCAGCGACAUCGUGUGGAUCGCCUCCGAGUCCUGGGCCAUCGACCCCGACUUGCACAAAGAGCUGAGAGGCGCCGGCACCUUCCUGGGCCUCACCGUCCAGGCGGUGCCCAUCCCGGGCUUCAGCGAGUUCCGCGUGCGUCGCACCAAGACCGGGCCGCCGCCCAACAGGACCACCUGCAACCAGGACUGUGACAACUGCCUGAACACCACUGUGACCUACAGCGACAUCCUCAUGCAGUCGGGAGAGCGCGUGGUCUACAGCGUGUACACGGCCAUCUACGCCGUGGCCCACGCCCUGCACCGCUUCCUCCGCUGCAACCAGACCGGCUGUGCCAAGAUCGUGGUCUAUCCGUGGCAGCUACUCAAGGAGCUCUGGAACAUCAGCUUCACCCUCCAGGGGCAGGAGAUCUUCUUCGACCAGCAAGGGGACGUGCCCAUGAACUUGGAAAUCAUCCAGUGGAAAUGGAACCAGAGCCAGAAUGCUUUCCAGAGCAUUGCCUCCUACAACCCCGUGAAGAAGAAACUGAAAAUCACCCACAAUGUCUCCUGGCACACCCCAGACAACACGGUGCCGGUGUCCAUGUGUUCCAAGAGCUGCCAGCCCGGGCAGAGGAAGAAGCCCGUGGGCAUGCACCCCUGCUGCUUCGAGUGCCUCGACUGCCUUCCCGGCACCUUCCUCAACCAAACUGCAGAUGAGUUUCACUGCCAGCCCUGCCCGAGUUCCGCGUGGUCGCACAGGAACGACACCUCCUGCUUCAAGCGGCGGCUGGCCUUCCUGGAGUGGCACGAGGUCCCCACCAUCAUGGUGGCCCUGCUGGCCGCCCUGGGCUUCCUCAGCACCCUGAGCAUGCUGGUCGUGUUCUGGAGACACUCCCCGACGCCCGUGGUCCGCUCGGCCGGGGGCCCCAUGUGCUUCCUGAUGCUGGCGCUGCUGCUGCUGGCCUUCGCCAUGGUGCCGGUGUACGUGGGGCCGCCCACGGUGCUCACGUGUCUGUGCCGCCAGGCCCUGUUCACCCUCUGCUUCACCGUCUGCAUCGCCUGCAUCACCGUGCGCUCCUUCCAGAUCGCGUGCAUCUUCAAGAUGGCGCGCCGCCUGCCGCGUGCCUACAGCUACUGGGUCCGCUACCACGGCGCCUACGUCUCCGUGCUGCUCCUCACGGCCCUCAAGCUGGCCAUGGUGCUGGGCAACGUGCUGGCCACGACCACCAGCCCCACGCACCGCGCAGACCCCGAGGACCCCACCAUCAUGAUCCUCUCCUGCCACCCCAACUACCGCAACACGCUGCUCUUCAACACCAGCCUGGACCUGCUGCUCUCCAUGGGGGGCUUCACCUUCGCCUACAUGGGCAAGGAGCUGCCCACCAACUACAACGAGGCCAAGUUCAUCACCCUCAGCAUGACCUUCUCCUUCACCUCCACCGUCUCCCUCUGCACCUUCAUGUCCAUCUACGAAGGCGUGCUGGUCACCAUCAUGGACGUCUUGGUCACUGUGCUCAACCUGCUGGCCAUCAGCCUGGGCUACUUCGGCCCCAAGUGCUACCUGAUCCUCUUCUUCCCCGAGCGCAACACGCCCAGCUACUUCAACAGCAUGAUCCAGGGCUACACCAUGAGGAGGGACUAGAGCCCCCCCGAGCAGGAGGGCCUGGGCUCGGCAGCAGAGCGGGGCGGGGGAGGGUGUGCUUGCGCACUGC